UACAGACGGUCUGCAUGAAGGAAAAUCUGCCUGCUAAUUGAUUUGGACCAACCUCUCAGUUAAUUAAAGAUCGCAGAAUGUCCCGAGGAUCCAGCGCAGGGUUCGACCGACACAUCACCAUCUUCUCUCCGGAGGGGAGGCUCUAUCAAGUCGAAUAUGCUUUCAAGGCUAUAAACCAAGGUGGGCUUACAUCAGUGGCUGUCCGGGGGAAGGACUGUGCAGUCGUCGUUACACAAAAAAAAGUACCGGAUAAGCUCCUGGACUCCUCCACAGUCACCCACCUUUUCAGAAUAACAGACCAUAUCGGAUGUGUAAUGUCUGGGAUGACUGCUGACAGCAGGUCUCAGGUCCAGCGAGCUCGCUACGAGGCGGCCAACUGGCAGUACAAGUACGGCUACGAGAUCCCAGUGGACAUGUUGUGUAAGAGGAUCGCAGACAUCUCACAGGUGUACACGCAGAACGCCGAGAUGAGACCACUAGGCUGCUGUAUGAUCGUGGUCGGAGUAGACGAGGAGUUCGGCCCUCAGGUGUACAAAUGUGACCCGGCUGGUUAUUACUGCGGCUUUAAGGCCACCGCCGCCGGCGUGAAGCAGACGGAAGCCACCAGCUUCCUGGAGAAGAAAGUCAAAAAGAAACUGGACUGGACCUUUGAACAGACGAUCGAGACGGCCAUCUCUUGUCUGUCCACCGUCCUCUCCAUUGACUUCAAGCCCUCUGAGCUCGAGGUGGGCGUGGUCACGACGCAGGACCCCAAGUUCAGGAUCCUGACAGAGGCUGAAGUGGACACCCACCUCAUGGCCCUGGCAGAGCGGGACUGAGCGAGCCCUGCCACCUGUUCUAAGGUUGACUCAAGAGCAUGAUGGGAUAUGGAGUUUCCAGACUGAGGCUGGCGUUCUUUGUUUGCUGUACAUUUACCCUCCCCCAGUUUCAUUCAACAAUAAAGUUUUUGGAGUAAAAUCA